AUUUCAUCAUCACAAGCCAGAUAAAUGUUGAGUAGCUAUUAACCUCUCUCAUGUGGUAGAGAUUUUGGUUCAACACGAUGAUGAAUGAACGAAUUCUAAAAAUUAGACUAGGGUUAACAUAAUAAUAUAACACCAUGCCAAGUUGUACUGAGAUGUGUUCAGUUCUAAAUAUAUUCAUAGUCAAAGGAAUGUUGACCUUGCUCUAUAUAUACCAGAUUUAAUGGUAAAUACUUCUAGUUAUUGCAUCAUUGUUUACUGGCAAUAGAACCGCCAGAAUUACGCAUUUAAUUUGCUAGGAAGGUGUGUACUUUAUCGGAUGUGUUAUGCUUCUCACUGUGAAACUAGUUUAUAAGAGGAUAGUAAUGAAAUCAGUGAACAUUUUGCAAUAUUUAAGUUAAAGUUAAAUUAAUAGUACAUUAAAUUCUUUUAUUGUUUGAUUAUUGAACCUUCAUAGUUGUGUACCUGGACUUUGACUGUAGAUAUAACCCGUUUUACCAACAUUUAUCAGCGUAUCAGAGAAAGGCAUUGUGUUACAUUGAGUAAUGACAACAGUGAUUGAACUCAAGGAUCAGUAAAUUUACAGAUUUUGUUUAUCUGGGACGACUCGAUUAUUAAUUUAAAUCAUGCCUACACCAAAUGUAGACACCAGUAACAACGGUCCGGUUGUAAAUAAUAGCGAUUCGUUAGAGGAUGAUCAGAAUACAGAAGAGCAGAAAGAAGUAAAUUGUGAUAUAAAAGAUGAAUUUUGUGAUCCUGAAAAUCCCAAGCCUAUUAAAUUCCAAGAUGUAAGUGCUGCAGCUUUCAAAAUUAAAGGCGGGAUCCAAAAGACUCCAUGUACCAUAUCUCGCAUGUCAAAUUUCACUGGAAUUCAAAUUUAUUUCAAGAAGGAGUUCCUGCAAUACACUGGAAGUUUUAAAGAAAGAGGUGCCAGAUACACGUUGUUAAUGCUAUCUAAGGAGGAACGUUCUCGUGGUGUCAUUGCUGCUAGUGCUGGAAAUCAUGCCUUAGCUCUUAGUUAUCAUGGUCAGCUGUUGAAUAUACCAGUAACUGUCAUAAUGCCCAGAAUAGCACCGAUUAUGAAAGUAACUGCAUGUGUUCAUUUUGGCGCCCAUGUUGUUGUUCAUGGAAACGAUAUAGGUGAAUCUAAGGAUCACGCUCUCCAGGUGGCCAAAGAAAAGAAUCUUAUUUACAUCAAUGGUUACGACCAUCCUCAUAUUUUAGCUGGUCAAGGAACAAUGGGAUUAGAAAUAGUCGACCAAGUUCCUGAUUUAGAUGCCUGUAUAAUUCCUGUUGGAGGUGGCGGGUUAAUUGCAGGAACGGCCUUGGCUAUCAAAAGCUUACACCCAGAUGUUCAGAUUAUCGGCGUCGAGUCUGAAAGAUGCGCCAGUUUUUCAACAGCCUUAGAAGCAGGUCAUCCGACAUACACCAAAGCUUCAUCAUCAAUAGCUGAUGGAUUAGCUGUACCUACAGUUGGUGUAAACGCUUUCGUUACAGCCAAACCUUUGAUUGAUAAAAUGGUUACAGUUAAAGAGGAAUAUAUAGCUUUGGCUAUUUUACGUCUAAUAGAAUUGGAGAAAGCUGUCGUAGAAGGUGCUGGUGCUAUUGGUUUAGCCGCCAUUUUACAGAAUCUUUUACCUGAGUUACAAGGGAAAAAGGUUGUGAUUGCUCUUUGUGGUGGUAAUAUUGAUACUACUGCUUUAGGUAGAGUUAUAGAGAGAGGUCUAGCUGCUGAUGGCAGAUUGAUAAGAUUUGUUGUAACUGUAACGGACAGACCUGGUGGUAUAGCUGAUCUUACCAGACUUAUAGCUGAUCUCGGUGUUAGUAUUAAAGAUAUCUUCCAUGAAAGAGCUUGGUUAAAAUCAGAUGUGUUUGCUGUUCAGGUGAAAUGUGUUGUGGAAACUAGAGACGCUGAACAUACAAAAGAACUAGAAAAUAUUCUCCGAAAGAAUUAUUCUAAAAUUGUUUGGGGUCCGGUCUAUUUUUGAAAUGCUUAGCCUUGUAUUUCUUUUUAAAGCAGUGAAUACUUUUGUUUGAUGAGAAAUUGGUUUUAUUUUUAUACCCAGAGUAACGAUUUGUCAAUUGGCUUACAGGAUUGUUCUACACAAUGGUGUAAAAUCAAUAUUUUCCAGUUUUAUUUUCCCUCUGAGAAAUUUGAUUGUAAUUAUAUACUUCAUUAUAUAAGGAUACGC